AUUCAACCUCAAGACAGCAUGGAGAAUAAACAGCAGCAAUUACUCUUAGGAAGGGAAACUAACCCAGCAACCGAAAACCAGUCCUUUGAGAUGCUAAAAGAACUAGCAUUGAAGUGGUUUAUGGAGACGCAGGUUCCUCUUAUAUUACAGAAUGGUAUUUUACCUGAGUGGUUCUAUGGAUUCAUUACAAGAAAGCAGAGUGAAGAGCUGCUUAAAGACAAAGAUGUUGGCUGUUUUCUUAUCAGAUUAAGUGACAGAACAAUUGGUUACAUUCUGUCAUAUAGAGGAAAAGAUCGAUGUCGGCAUUUCGUCAUUAAUCACCUACGGAAUGGACAUUAUGUAGUAUCAGGGGAUACCUGUACCCAUGAAAGCCUUGCACAGCUGAUAGGCUAUUACCAGACUUCAGAAAUCGAGCCUUUUGGAGAAAAUCUUACAACAGUUUGUGCUCAGCCAAUUGAGAAAAGUUUAUAUGAUGAGAUCGCUUUGGAUCAGCAAACCUCUUCAAAGCAAAGUAAAUCAAACAGUGGAGAAGUCAAUCCCUUGCUGAUGAGGCAAAUGUCUGGCAGCUCACAAACCACUGUGCUAAUGAAGGAAGCCACCUCUCUACCUCCAAAGUCAAAGAAAGAGCACAAAAACUUAUCAGGAGAAAGAAAGAACUUUAACUCCCAGGAUCCAGACAUAGCCCCACCACUGCCGGAUAGGAGCAGCUUGCUUAUGCAGGAGACAUUCAAGCUAGAUUUAAACGAUCAAGGAAACAUUGUAUAUGCGGAGCUGAACAAACACCAUAUGAAUGGCAGAGGCCUUAGUUUGGAGACCCAGUCUGCCACUGACAAAAUCCUCAUUGAGAAAUCAGGCUGUUUAUCACAAGGUGACACCCAGCAAAAACCAGGAGAACCAGACCAAGCAAACUACUCUCCUAGCAAAAAAAUCAGCUCGGUGUAUGCUUUGGCUAAGCAAGCCGAACGUUUCUAUGACAAAAAAAUUGAUCUUAUAAAGCCAUCGCCUCCAGAAACUGUUUAUUCUGAAGUUAUGCUUGAGCAAGGCAAAAGCAAUUCCUCACUUCCUUGGGGUCAAAGGGUCCAUUCCCCAUCCCUUUGUCCAUCAACUUCUGCAGACACAAAGAAGUUGACAUUAAGUACUCCUGCUACAACACCCCCUAAGUUGUCUCCGAAGUUACCCAUUAAAGCUAGGACCUCUGUGGAGUCCCAAGAUUCAGAACAGCUAUUUGCAACCUAUGCAACCUCCCUCCAAAGCAAUGAAGGGCUUAGAAAACCAAACAACAAGAUCCUUUAUGAUUCAUCGACACAUAGCACAUAUGGGCAGAUUGAGAAAGUGAAAGCUUGUAAGCCUUUUGCUUCUGGCUCUGAUAAUGGAAACAAUACUUAUGAACAGAUUCCUGUCGGACGGCCAAAGUCAUCUACCCAUGAUCAAGCUUCUGAGAGACUUUCUAAGUCUUCUCUAGUACAACCCAAUGAUACUUAUGAUGAGGUGUCUUUGAACACAAGAUCCUCCAGAACAGAGGACUGUACUGAAAAUACAUAUGAAAAGAUCCCUGAAAAUUUCCAGAAAGGCUCAUCUGCAAAGCAAAUUCCUGCUCCUGAUAACACGUAUGAGCAAAUUUCCCUAGACCUUGUGAAGGGAGAAGAAGCAAAACCAAACCAGAAGAUGAACAAGCGAAGAAGAUUUUUUUUUGCUGACAAGAAGAAUAAAUCAUGAAGGAGAGUUUUAAAUUUGUUCCAUUUAGCCUAGACUAAAGAUCAUAGAA